UGUUUUUGCACCAAUUUUCUUCUCAGGAGAACAACAGACACAAGCAUUCCGCAGGCGCGUGCCUUGAUGGGAACAGAGCUGCUGUAGAUCCCAAUGGACGUCGCCAGGACCAGGGCACAGCAGCACGCGGACGAGGAACACAAGGCGCGCGGCGACGUCGUGGUGCGCGUUGGGGACGCGUCCUCAGGCGCCGUCCACGCGGUGGCGCUGGCCUCGACCAAUGUCGUUGUCGAGGAGCUACGAGAGGAGCUGGAGAGACUCAGCGGCGUCCCCGUUGCCGAUCAAAUUUUACUGGGCGGUCCGCCCUUCGCGCGGCUAGACCCUCGCCGCGCUGUCGAGUACUAUGGACUACCAGCAGAGGACAAGGAGGUGUUUUUGUACGACCGCCGACUGCUGUCACAAGAGGCGGCCACGCCUUCACCCACAGCGGCAGCUCUAACUCCAGUCCAUGUCGAGUGUACGGUGUUUUACUAUUUUCUUGUUUUUCCCCCUAACUUUUGUCGUUGACUUAUUUGUUUAAUUUAUUGUAGUGCCGUCGCAGCCUGUGGCUUCAUCGGAAGGCUCCAAGAUGCUGAGUGAGAGUUCGCAUCCGAUGAUGCGUGCUCUAGUGGAGUAUGAGGGCUACUUCCAGUUACAGGUCAGCCAGAGUGAGGUAUUGGAGAGCAGUACUCGUGCCAAUAUUACUGCUAGUGAGCGUGGCGCACAAGAAUUGCAGGUCCAGGAGCGAGCUAUCGCUGCAGCCAUCGCCAACCUGGAUCUGUUUAAAACAUCGAUGAUGAAACACUUUACACCGUUCUGGGCGGAUUUCCAGGCUACGAACGAAAAACACGAGCGGCUGUUGAGCCAGUUUGACAGCUACCUGGAGGCGCUGGCUACAGUGGAUCUGCACCCAGCACUGGCGACAGAAGAACGGAAGACUCUCUAUGACUGUAUCCCUGUUGAGAAGGAGCGUGAAUGGGCGGCGCAGUGUGAGCAGUCGCACACGCAUGUACGAGGACAGGUGCUGAAACUUCAACAAGUUCACGAUGAGGUCUGCAAGGAAGUGACAGACAUGCUGGCUGCUCAUGCAGAGGCAAGUCGGGAGUACGAGGAAGCAAGUACAGAACUGGAAGAGAUGAAAGCGCUGGGGAGUAAGCAAAUGAACAUCACAAACACCUUGCGCGGGAAUCUACAGUACGUGCUCAGCAGCAUAGAGGAAACGUCAACGAUAGCGAGCGGAAGUAACCCUAUGCAGGCGUCCACGAAUGCUCUAGACGUAUGUCGGCGCAUCGAUGAGCUGUAUCAAGGCCAACAGAACAUGGUGCCUGAUGCACAGAAGUUGGUUGAGGAUAUCGUGGCUCAUGUGGAUAAGAUCGCAGCCAAAAAGUCCAAGACGUUUGAACGAGUGCAUUCAACUUUACGCCAAAUUUCGAUCUCACAGUCAAAGAUCCGAGAUUUUGAGAACUCACUGGCAGUUUUUCGCGAAGCUUUAGCUGCCCAGAAGAAGCACUUUUACGAACUAGAACAUUUGGACAAGCUACCAGAGUCGUAUGCGGCUUGCUUGAAAGAGAUAUCAAGGCGUCUUAAAUAUGGACGAAUGUUUUCGGAUCGUAUUCAGUCCAUGGCUGAGGAACUUGCUCAACUUCGAGAGGAUGAGGUUCAACAUCGUGAGGAAUUUUUGCGCAGCUUUGGCCAGCAUCUACCACGCGAUUUCGUCUCUGGACUAGCAGAGAAGCCGUCUCAUUGUGAAUUCCGUAUGCGUCCGUUUGAUCAAAGCCUUCCUUUAAUUGAGGACGAGGGCGAACAAGAGUUCGCCUCGUACGAAGACAAGGAGCGUCCGCCUUCUGAAGAAUUUGUUGAUUGCGAGGACCAGGGUAGCUCCUCCGAGUCAACCAACAACGUGGAUCUACUCCAGGAACGCUGCAAGGAACUGGAAGCUCGAGUGUCGGAGCUCACAGCAGAGUUGGAGCAGUCAAAGAAGAAUCUGUACUACGAUGGAUCUGGGAGCGAGUCGAUUGCUCGCUCGGACUUAUCCAAGACCAGUGCACGUGAGGGAGACAGUUCAUGCGAAUUCCCGUUGGUGCUUGCAUUGGCAGCUACAGCUGGUGGCAUGACCAGCUCCUCGGAAGUUGACCAGUCUAGCAGUCUUGACCAAGAGCUAGCCACCGUGAGGCGAAACAUCGGUGCUGACAACAAGGACGCGAUCAUCGCCAAGCUGGAGAGUGAAAACCAGCAGUUCUUGCUGAACGCGGCGGCCUUUGAAGAAUAUCCUUUACAACUUUUGAUUUGCAUGUGCCUGCAGUUGGAGGAGUUUAUUUGGUUGACUUACCGAGGUUUCCUUAACCGUGUAAUGCGUUGUUGUUGUGCUGUUGUGUUCUUUACGGAGAUUCAGGAGCGAUCAAAGCGCGAGAAGCAUCUCAAGGAAAACCAAUUCAAGCUCCAACAGACGAUCAAGGAUCUCAGUAGUAGUGUUCGAUCACAGCGAACAUCAUUGGCCAAGCUUCUGAAACUUCUUCAACUCCCCGUGGAACCGCUCACCUUCAACGAUGAGGACAUCGACGCGUUCGUAAUCGCCAACUUCGAUGCUGUCGAAACGCGUGUGAAGGAGCUGCUGGCCAGCGCCGAGUCGGAAGCGAUGCUGCAGUCGGAACUGGAAAAGCGGCAGUCCGAGCUCCGUUUGAUGGAGUCCGAGCAGGAUGCAAACGAUUCGUUCAAGAUCUCCUUCCGGAGCUUCAGUGUAAAUGACCUGGCACUCUUUUUACCGACGUCAGCACCCGGGAGUGACGCACAGCGAGUGUAUCUGGCGUUCCACCUCGGCUGUCCCCAUCGAUUCCUUUCGGAAGAAUCCAUCUCCUCAUUCAGCAACGACGGCCAAAGAUACCCUGACUACGUUGUAGGCCGCAUCGUGCUGAUUGAUGAGCAGACCGCGACGGAAGGCAACAACCCGUACGCACUGCACCUCGGGACCACAUUUUACGUCCUGACAGUCGCAAGCCUCCACGAAAGUUAAGCAUCUACACAGACACAUUAAAAAUCUUGCCGCAUAACGUGAAUGAAAUGUUCGGCGGUGAAGGCGAGCGUUUUCCUGUCCUUCCUGCAGAGCCAGCAUGUACACUUUUGCCUCUUCGUCUUAUCCUGCACUAUACGUAGUUCUAUACUCUUCGGUUGUUUUCUGUACCACCGAAACUUACAGUUUACAAGAGCACAUUUCCAAAGUAUCACCAC